ACAUACUACCAUUGUCUAUGUUAAGAGUCCUAGACUUAAAAGGUCGGACUCUGGGGAAUCAUUAGAGAUAUACAUACAAACGCAGUUGACAGAAAUGACUAACCAACGGAUGUAAGUCAAGAAGUGCUUUCAAGAUGAUGGUAGAUAUAAAUGCAGGAGCACACCAAUCGUGUGGCUGACAAUUAAAAGUUGAGUGAAGUCAGGCUGUGCUUGGAAGAUAGGACGUGAGGGCUGAGAGGGAUUGGUGAAAAUCGCUAUCUGACACGAUCAUGUGUUCACAGAGCCGGUGAAAGCUCGGAGAGGCUCUAACUAUUACAUCUAGAAAACUUUGGCAAGUUGCUUGUGUGUGUGUGUGUUAUAGAAGAUGUUCAACAAACUACUGACACUUAUUUCAGUGUGCUAUUUGUGUGCACCCAUGGACAGUAUGACUAUAGAAAAGUUAAUAUACGACGCGGCCACUGACCCCCAGAUGUUUGAUUUUUAUCACGUGAUGCCUGAAGGUGACGUGAAGGUCAUGACCGAAUACGAUCUUCUGCUGACUUUAGAGCAAUAUAAAAAGUUGUAUAGUGGAAAACGACGCAGUAAACGCAAGGCUGUCAACCAAAUAGCAAGCCUGUGGAGGGACUGUGAAGUGAAUUACGAAGUGACGAGUUCAUUGAGCCAACUAGACGAGGAAGUCAUUCAGCAGGCGAUACAAGAGUGGGAGAAAUACACAUGCUUGGUGUUUAAAAACAAUUCAAGGAAACCCAACCGCAUUCAGUUCAAAGACGGAGCAGGGUGCUACUCUCAGUUGGGGAUGCAGAAUACGCCUCAGCCGAUAAGUCUGGCCAGGGGGUGCCGCACAAAGUGGAUUGUCGCCCACGAGAUCGGCCACGCCAUCGGAUGGUACCAUGAGCACAUGAGGCCCGAUCGGGACCGGUACAUACAGAUUAACUGGAACGCCAUCCCAGCUAGGUACCACGAGCAAUACAAGUUGUACACUUCUAACGAGGUCAACACAUACAAUGUAUCUUACGAUUAUCAGAGCGUUAUGCAUUACGGAGCCACCAUCCUUCCGGGGUCGAUUACAACAUUAGACCCAAAUUACCAGAACAAGAUAGGCCAGCGUGAAGGGUUUUCCUUCAAAGACAUCAAACUUGCUAACCUGAUGUAUAAAUGCAGCAUGGGCUGCCUGUCCCCAAAAUGCCCUUACAACGGAUUUGUUCUGUCCAAAAGCUUUAAAACAAAACCUAAAUGUACGUGCUGGUGCGACUCUGGAAACAUAACCGACCCACUCAUUCCAUGCGCAGACAUUGACAACGAGAUGCCCCAACCGUUACCUAUUUCACCGACGAAGGCGCCGCUAGAGAAGAAGUGUCUGGACAUAAGGAAGGACUGUGCCAAGCUGAAGUCGGAAGACAAGUGCAUGUCCCAGAUUGAGUUGAUGAUGGAUGUCUGCGCGAAGACGUGCGAGUUCUGCGGAAAGGGGGGCGGCCUGUGCAUGGACCAUGAGAAGGGAUGCAGGAUCAUUGCAGCUGCGGGAAUGUGCAAGGAAGAUGGUCUAGUGGAACUCAUGAAAUCGCUCUGUCCAGCGUCGUGUGGCUACUGCAAGGAAAUCUCUGAUCCAUGUACUGUCCAACUCGAGAUGAUGGGUCCCAGUCGCUCCAGUGCUAAUUUGAUCAACAGCUACUCUAGUUAUUUUAUAUUUACAUUUUUGAUAUUACGAUUUAUAUAGACCAAAAAUACAUCAUAAUUUUAAUACUCAAUUUGUACAAACAUUUCCAAGCAUCAAAUCAUAUAACAAAGCAACCAUUUUAUACGGCACAAUGCUAGAGCUAAAAUAAAAACAAACUUACAUUUUGAAGUUGUUUUUUUUUUGUUGUAGGAGCUAUUAAGAAUAUCCGUAGCCAACAACAUGAACAUUGUAAGUGUUCUUAAAAAUCACAGUUUAAAGCCGUCACAUAAUCUGUGCCAUAGAGUUGACAGGGCUGCCUCUUUCAAAUAGGCAUACACACUAGUCUACCAUGGGACACAUUUGUGUUGUAGCGCUUAUACUUUUAUAUAGGUGUAAGAUAAGAGAUCAAUCAUUUCAGUGCAAUACAUAAUCUUGCUGAUAUUCUGCAUGUUGUUAAUGUGGGUCGGACCUUGAGGCGUGUAAUACUUAAAGGGAAGCAACACAAACCAAUUAUAGCAACUUUACAAUAUAACUACACUUUUAGCGGGCCACUAAUGAUUUUGUUAUGUCCGUCAAUUUAUCUUUCAUGAGUGUAUCUCGAAGAAGUAUUAGAUUGAUUGAGAAUCCAAGUUCACCAUCCUCAUUAUUGUUCUUAAAAAAGGUUCCAGCUACUUUUAGUGUUCACAAAGUGAACCAUUUAAAUCUGAACAUUAUAUGUAAUAACUUGUCAGUAUUAUUCUUCAUACACGAAACAUUACACAUGAUGACGUCUUGUGUACUUAUAGGAUGGAGGACUCCAUAAUGAAUGGUUGUAUGUGUAUUUAUAUAUAUAUUAUAGUGUUGUAAUUGUCAUAUGAAUGCAAUAAAAAUAUAUAUUAAAAAGUGUUAUAUGUUUGUAGGUGCAACAGUUACUGUCUUCCAAUACCAUGCAAUUUCAUUUGUAAGUAUGCAUUAAUGUACAGAUUUGUAAUUAAUAUCCACAUUUUGUUAAUAUGUAUCAUCAUCCUGUAAAAGAUAGUAUGGGCUUGUAACAAUGUACCGGUGUGAAUGACCGGCAAGCUUUACACUUUGUAGCACACACAAUUUAAUUCUUUUGAAACUGUUUUGGUCACUAUGUACCUUGAAUGUAUAUAAGCAACUAGACCUAGUGUAUGUCUCAUUGUGUGGACACUUGAUACAUUGUAUCUCCACUUUUUUUUAUUGAUAGUGCAAUUUUGUUUAGUUAAAGAACCAUUUUUUCCCCUAAUGUGUCAAUAUUGAACAAGAGCUUUGAACAGUUGAUACGAUAGACUGGUGAGACAUUUAUGUGAAUGUUGAUAUUUAUUAUUUUGUAUGAAUAUAUUUAUCAUACCAGAAAACACAUUUUCUUAAUUUUUAGUAAACUUUUUUUUACAUUUUUAAA